GAGAGGAAAGUGUCUGCUCUGCUGAGGGGGGAAAGAAGGAGCUGGAGACAGAUUGUGGGACCGAGCGCGGGCGGGCGGGAGGCGACGGAGCUACCAGCGGCUCCGCUCUGCUAUAUGAAAUAUGGGAGACGACAGACCGUUUGUGUGCAAUGCCCCGGGCUGUGGACAGAGAUUUACAAACGAGGACCACCUGGCAGUUCAUAAACACAAGCAUGAGAUGACAUUGAAAUUUGGCCCAGCCCGAACUGACUCAGUCAUCAUUGCAGAUCAAACUCCUACUCCAACUAGAUUCCUAAAGAACUGUGAGGAGGUGGGGCUCUUCAAUGAACUAGCUAGCUCCUUUGAACAUGAAUUCAAGAAAGCUGCAGAUGAGGAUGAAAAAAAGGCUGCUGCCGGGCCCCUCGAUAUGUCUCUGCCUUCCACACCAGACAUCAAAAUCAAAGAAGAGGAGCCAGUGGAGGUAGACUCAACCCCACCUGACAGCCCUGCCUCUAGCCCCUGCUCUCCGCCACUCAAGGACAAGGAGGUUGCCCCAAAGCCUGUUAUGAUCUCUGCCCCGACGCCUACCAUCGUACGUCCUGGCUCCCUGCCUCUCCAUUUGGGCUACGAUCCACUUCACCCAACCCUUCCCUCCCCAACCUCUGUCAUCACACAGGCUCCACCAUCUAACAGGCAACUGGGGUCUCCCACUGGCUCCCUCCCUCUCGUCAUGCAUCUUGCUAAUGGACAGACCAUGCCUGUGCUGCCAGGGCCUCCAGUACAGAUGCCUUCUGUUAUAUCGCUGGCCAGGCCUGUGUCUAUGGUGCCCAACAUUCCUGGUAUCCCUGGCCCACCAGUUAAUAGCAGUGGUUCCAUUUCUCCCUCUGGCCACCCUAUGCCAUCAGAAGCCAAGAUGAGACUAAAAGCCACCCUAACCCACCAAGUCUCCUCAAUCAAUGGUGGUUGUGGAAUGGUGGUGGGUACUGCCAGCACCAUGGUGACGGCCCGUCCUGAGCAGAGCCAGAUCCUCAUCCAACACCCUGAUGCCCCAUCCCCUGCGCAGCCACAGGUCUCACCGGCCCAGCCCACCCCUAGCACAGGAGGGCGCCGGCGGCGCACAGUGGAUGAAGAUCCGGACGAGCGGAGGCAGCGCUUCCUGGAGCGCAACCGGGCUGCAGCUUCUCGCUGCCGCCAAAAGCGGAAGUUGUGGGUGUCCUCGCUCGAGAAGAAGGCAGAGGAACUCACUUCUCAGAACAUUCAGCUGAGUAAUGAAGUCACGUUACUACGCAAUGAAGUGGCUCAGUUGAAACAGCUGCUGUUAGCUCAUAAAGACUGCCCAGUCACUGCACUACAGAAAAAGACCCAAGGCUAUUUAGAAAGCCCCAAGGAAAGCUCAGAGCCGACGGGUUCUCCAGCCCCUGUGAUUCAGCACAGCUCAGCAACAGCACCUAGCAAUGGCCUCAGUGUUCGCUCUGCAGCUGAAGCUGUGGCCACCUCAGUCCUCACUCAGAUGGCCAGCCAAAGGACAGAACUGAGCAUGCCGAUACAGUCGCAUGUGAUUAUGACCCCACAGUCCCAGUCUGCGGGCAGAUGAUGCCUCCCCUGGUGGAGAGGUCCCCAGCCAGAGCUCGCCCGUCCGAGAGCCAAGAGAGAUGUCAUCUUAUCCCCUCCCGUCUGCCUUGGACGUGGCAGUAUGGGGGGGGGAAUUGUGUGUUGUGAGUAAUGGACAGAUGCGGGGCUUUUCUCUUCAGCCACAUGGUUGUGUACGUUGACACCUGUACUAGGAGCCCCCCAACCCCAGAGCCACAUAGAUCAUCCCCCAAGGGGGCGUUUCUGAUGUCCCCACAGCCAAAGGCCUUUCCAGAUGGUCCGAACAAUCACCCCUGCCCGUGCACAUGUACCUGUCUCUUUUAACACUAACCCUCGCACUUCUAGGUUUCAGGUUUCUCAAUUCCCUCUCUUUCCACUAAGCCGUGAUUGUUACACCUUCUUGUUCCUCAGCAGCAUGUGCCACUUCCUGCUAGGUGAAGGGAGCUAGAAUUGAUGGCAUAUCACCUGCUGACCCAUCCCCAGCCUCCCCAGCCCCCACCCCCAAUGGACUCAGGACUUUGUCUCCCAGUAGCUGCUUAUUUAUCCCUUUUUCUCCUUCCAAAAUUCUAGUCAAGACAUUGACUUACAGUGAAUGUAAGGUUACCUUUGAUGUAUGAACUAGCGAUAUUUUCCAGCUCUUCCAUAAACUUUAGUCCUUCUCCCUGCCUUCCACCAGAAAAACCAAAACAACAACAAAAAAAAGUAAAAAGAAACAAAACCCCAAGGAUUCUAGUCCUUUUUCAUCUAUUUCCAGAGGGUACCACAUUUUGUCUCUUGAGUUUCCCCCGUCUAGUGGUGGAGUCCUUUCCACUGUCCUCUAAGCCUUGGCAACCUCAUCUUGUGGCCUUAUUGGUAUUGCUUGGUAGUGAAAAGGGGAGGAGCCUGGGAUCUGACUGGCUGACUCCCUUCCCCACUCUGUCCUUCAGUCUCAUCAUCAGGGCAGGGGGGAACAAUGUAGUUUUACAGCUCGCUCCAUCAGGUUACUGGAUUGAUUCUUUUGUUUUAUAAAAGUUUACUGACCAGAGCAUACAUAUUCCUUAUGGUCACCUUUCCGCUCCUGCCUCUCCGUCUUCAUUCCCCUGUCCCCAUUACUGCCUCAGUGUCUCUUCCAUAACUAGUUCAGAUGCAGCCCUCUGGAAGCUGUCAUGUAGGGGACCCUUGUGCUCCCUCACUCUUCGCCCCUCCCUCUCAGCCUCACGCAUCUGUCUUCUCUGAGCUAGGGUUUUAUAUUCACAAGUGUCCCACACCCUCUGUAUCUGCCUUCUCUUUCAUCAGGUGCCUAGCCUAGCCACAAGGUCUCUCUGGCUCUACAGCAUUUCUUCAGCUUUUUUUCUGCUGUCUGCCCCCUAGAUGCAGUGCUUCUCCGUAGUCCAAACCCCAGGACUCUGAGGCAUCAUAGCCAAUGUUCUGAGUGGGUUUUCUUGAGUAUCAGGUUGGAUGGGGGGGGAGGCUGCGGAGGGGGAGGCGCAGUACUGAUCUCAGCGGAAGAGCCCUGCUUUUGAAGGGUCUGGCCUACCUGGGAAAUUGGUGCCUAUUGCUCUCAGCCAUUCUUACUUUGAAGAGUCAGGUUACAGGGGUAGAAAUUCAUCCUUCUUGUCCCUCUUUCUUCCCCAUGAAGACUUCUUUUGGCUCUGAACUAUGCACUUUCUACCGGGGCCAUAGGAAGCAAUCCAAAGCCAGGGACCUGUGGAUAGAUAUGUCAGCUUUAAUAUCCCUUCAAGUAUGAAACCCUUCCAAUUGUCCCAGAGCCACCUUCUGCCAUCUGCCGAAGCCAAGAAUGUCCUUUCCUCCAUCUCGCCUAACUCCAUCUUAAACAUACGUACAGAAUAACUCCCAGCUUCCUUUCUUAUUUUGUCUUCCAAAAUUGGCUGUCAUAGGGGAAUGAGGAAAUGUUCUAAGCUACAAGAUUUCCCGUCUUCUCAGAGUGAUAAACUGGUAAGCCAGUCAGAUAACAUGUUCUACUGCAUUUGUUUUUAAUUUCCCCUCCUGCUUUUCAGAGCCGGUGCUGAACAAGCCACACCUGGUGAAGAGAAAGGAGAGAAAACAUGGUUUUCUCAUCCUCUACCACCCGGGACCCAACAGGAACAGCCCCUGAGGUGACUCAGACUAGCAAAUGGCAUGGCAGAUGGUCAGGGUACAGGGCACCACCUCCAGGGACUCCGCUUGCCUUUAACAAUUCACAGCCAUAACUUGUGCUCAGGACUUUUCCUCUAGACGGCUGCUCCCUGGGCUUUUCUCCUGCUUUAGUUUUAUUUCAUUUUUUAUUAUCUUGAUUUCCCACUAGCAGCCUUGCCCUUAAGCUUGACUGAGUUUAUGGCUCCUAAGGAGCCUUCAUAAGACCCUUCACUAUUUUUCUUCCCCCUUCAGUCAAGUGUUUUUCAAGUUAAGAAUCGGUUUGUCACUACACACAUGCCCUGCCUAACUGCUUGCCUUGGAGGAGGUAUGAGCCCUGCCAGCCUGUCCCUGCGUAGGAUGGCUAAUUUAUGUAGAAGGUCUGAUUUGGUUUCUUAAGCCCCUUUGUCUAAUUCUCUUGAGUCCUUAUUUCAUUUUCAUCAGUUGGGAGUCCUUAUUUCAUUUUCAUCAGUUGGAAGUAUAGUGUUGGGGACCUAAAUGAGGGACAUUGGCAGAACCUUCAUAGUAAAGUAACAUGAGGAAAGGGCAGGACAGAACCCCCCAGACAGCUUUUUAGUUGGUCCUCAGUCUCACUGAGAAGGCAGAGCAGUUGCUUACCCUGAAGCCUCAUUGUCAAGGGGAAAAUCACUGACCUUGUUACCGCUGCCAGCCAUGUGGCCGCUCUCCCUUGUUCUUUGCCUUCCAGACUCAUCUGGACCAGAACCAGACAUCAUGGAGGGUGUCACUUAGCCCUUCUUUAAGGACCAUGGCCUUUCUAGGGACCUACGGGAAGACACUUUCUGAAAGGAGCUGGGAGUGUGGAACCUUGGGGCUCUUCCAAGUGAACACAGGACUCAGGCCUCUCACCUCCCUCCAAAGACACAGCUGCUAGCCACCCAAAGCCAUAGAGAAGGGGGCCAGAAGUGCCAGGUCAUCCGUCUGUGGGCGUUCUGCCCCAUUCCCCUACAAGAAAGCUUGCUUAGAGCUCAAAAGUAUGAGAAAGCCUCCCCCAGCACCAAGGGAGACUGGAAAGGUAGGACCUCUUUUACUUCCUCUUUCCCUAAUUCUGACUCCCUUCAGCCUCCACUCCUCUGCUCGGCCCUAAGCACUAGACCAUAUACUCAUGAUGCUGGUAAAGAGGAGAUGACCUAACUGAACCUCACUUUGCUGCCUUCCCUAUGCCUAUUGUCUGGUUUUGGGUUCCUUUCCUGAUUCACUGCCCUCCAGCAGCACACAUCCUGGUAGAUGGGGUGUUUAAUCAUAACUAUGCCCUGUCUACAGCCUGAACCACCAAGCAGACAUCGAGAUACUCCUCCUCUGGUUUCUGAGGCUCCCCUGCUCCACACUGAGAGGCUCCUUUAAAGGUGCUAGCCCUGAGACAGCUCCCCCACCCCCAAAAAAGUUCUCCCUUUCUUUCAUAGCUUCCUUCCCAUCCCCAAAUCGUUAUUUUUCAUUAAUAUUGUACAUUGUAUACACAGGAAGGAAAUGUAUUUUUUUAUUUCAUAAUCAGACUGUUUAGAAUCCAAUCCUCCUAGCUAUAUCACAUAUGCCUUUGUUGAUAUGCUAUUUCUGCUUUCAUUAGACUAUUGUUUGACGGGGGCGGAGGGAGGAACAAGACAGGUGAGGAUCUUCAACCUCCCACGACCCUCCUCAUCCUCUCAGAGUACAGAACUUAUUUCUCUGUUUCUGUUUACAACACACAGAUGUGCAUACAGACAUAAAGCCCCUCCUCCUCCACCCCCCAGGGUGCCAACCCAGCAGGAAUGUGCAUCAUUCCCACCCUCCUUGCCAGCUCACUCAUCUCUCUUUGGGGUCAAAUCCUGCCCCAGAAUGAGAAGAGUCUGGGGAGAGUUAAGGGAAGGUUAAGGCAGCUUAUAUCCUUUGUAUUGUAGGUGCAGUUUGUAUUGUACUGCUAGGGGUUUUUUGGUUUGAUUUUUACUGGCGGCUGGUAGGACAGAGAUAUCUCACCAGCAUUAGCUCCUGGUGAGUGACAUUUUAGCUGUAAAAAAUAGCUAUGAGCACUAGUUGCUUUGACUUUCCCUUAGGGCAGCGGUUCUCAGAAUGGGGUCCAGCGUCAGCAGCACCAGCGUCUGGGCACUCGUUAGAAAUGCACUUUUGGGCCCCACCCCUGACCUAUUGAACCAGAAAACUCGGGAUGGGCUCUACCAAGCACUCCAAGUGAUUCUAACGCACACUAAAGUUUGAGAACCAUCACCUUAGGGGCAGCUGGGAAAUUAUUGUAGGGUGUCAAGGAUAUUUUAAGUACCAUCCUCUGCCUUAGCACUAACGUAUUUUUCCAUUUCCUCCAGUCCCUCCCUCUACUCCCAUUAAAACAACAACCAUGUCAUUCAUCUCAAAAUCUAGGUUUGUCUUUGUCCUACUUAUCCCUAAAAUUUGUCCUGCACUGGUCUGGACAAGCGUUGUCCCAUAUUCCCUUGCAGACUGGUCACUCCAUGUUCUUUGUUACAGGAAGGACCAGCUGGAGUUUUAGCUGUCCU